AGAUGUGGGAACACGUGGUUUCUCCAAGCAGCCCUACGGGCUCACCACUUCCUCUCACGUUCAGGAUUCCUGCACUUUUUGAGUUUCUCUGGUUACUGCUGCGGGUACCACCAGAGUGCGGAGCUGGAGUAGGAUACACCCUCACCUCGGCAUCUUUCUACGAGAUAAAUUAGAAGAUAGUUCUCUCGCUCCUGUAACUCCUACUUAAAUAUCUCUUGCAACAAAGUUUUGCUGCAGCAUCUGAGGUGCGACACUGAAGUUACCUGCGCGUCCCCAGAGUAAAGAGUGACGGAUGUAGCUUUGAGUUGUUGUUGUUGUUGUUUUUAUUUUUAUUUUUUACUGCUCCAAUUAAAAAAAAGAAAGAAAAAAAAGUGGAUACUGGGAUACGCGCAGAUCCAAGGUGCCGUGCGCUCAAAGGGAGCUUUUGGGCAAAUGCCACUGCGAUGCUGUGGAUGUAACUUCAAACAACAGCUUCACAACGCUAGAGUCCUGUAAACCACAAUGAAAGACGACUUCGCUGAUGAGGAGGAGGUGCAGUCCUUUGGUUAUAAGAGGUUUGGGAUUCAGGAGGGAACAGAGUGCACCAAGUGUAAAAAUGACUGGGCACUGAGGGCGGCUAUUGCACUGCUCUAUGUGCUCUGUGCCCUGCUCACCAUAGCAGUGGCUGUCCUUGGAUACAAAGUGGUCCAGAGGAUGGACAAUGUCACAGAGGGCAUGCAGAAUUAUGGAGGCAAAAUCAAUGCAGUGGAGACAGACUUAAAGAAACUAGAUGAUCAGGCAGGCGUGAAGUCAGUUAACGCCACAAGUGAAAUCAAGACUUUCAAGUCCGAUCUGGAGGCAUUACAAAACCAGCUGAAUGAUAUUGCCCUCAGGGCAACCAGAAACAGAGACAUGCUGGAUGAUCUUCAUAUCACAGGAGAUGACAUGCAAAACGGCCACGUCUCCCUGCAGAGUUUUCUGGAAAGCAACACUGCUGCACUGCGUGGGGUCAACCAGACCUUGGCCGCCUACAGUGGCAUGAUUGACGACCUCCAGACAGACACUGCACGGCUCCAGUCAGAGAUACAGGGACAGGUCAAAGAGCAGAGCCAGACCCAGGUUACUGUCAGUGCUCUAAACAUCACUCAGUCCCAGCAGCGCAAUCUGCUCAGCACACUGCAGAAGACAGUGGAAGACGCAGGCCAGGCAGUGCAGAAACUGAAGAAUGACUAUCAGGGUCUGCAGCAGAUAUCAAGGCAAACCUGGGCUGACACAGAGUGGCUUAAGGAAAAGGUCCAGAACCUCCAGGUUUUGGCAGCCAACAACUCAGCCCUGGCCCGGUCCAAUGGAGAAGCUCUGGAUGACUUGGGGACUCAGCUUAGCACACUGGCCAGCCAGAUCCAGAACACUUCAGCUCUUACUGAGGGUCAUGACCAGAGCUUGCGUGAGCUGAUGGACCACCAGAGAGACCACGAUAACACCACUUCAUCUAAGUUCGAUGAGAUGGAAGCACGAUUAGACAAGCAUGAGAACGACAUGGACCGCGUGGCUGGAAAUGUCAGUUUUGCCUCGCAGCUCUUGGGGGCCAUCAGCUCCGACCUGAAUGGCCUGAGGUCCUGCGCUGAGACAGUGAUCCGACAUUCAGACAUGUUACUGGGACUGAACAGUAGUGUAACAGAGGCCAAGGCAGAUGGCAAGGAUCUGCGCGCCCAGCAAGAUGAGCUCACAGCCAGGUUGGACAAAGAGGUCAGCAACCUCUCUAUGGUGAUGCAGGAGAUGAAGCUGGUGGACAGCAAGCACUCACAGCUCAUCACCAACUUCACCAUCUUGCAGGGUCCACCAGGUCCAAGGGGCCCCAGAGGCGACAAGGGUCCCCAGGGGCCAGUGGGUCAGUCAGGACAGAAGGGUGAUAAAGGAGACAAAGGGAUGCCAGGGUUGGUGGGACCUAAAGGAGAGAAAGGUGCUGCUGGACCACAAGGUGCAACAGGGUCAAAGGGUGCAUCCGGGCCUCGGGGUCUUCCAGGGGCCAAAGGAUCAAGAGGGUCUGGAGGUCGACCUGGAAGCCCUGGUGAAAAAGGUGAUGCUGGGACUCCAGGACUUCCUGGUAGGGAUGGACAGUCUGGGAUGCCAGGUCCACAAGGGCCACAGGGGAUCAGAGGAGCUGCAGGACCUGCAGGGUUGGAUGGGCCUCGUGGGCCUGUUGGACCCAUCGGCGCUCCCGGUCCUCCAGGGUUACCUGGGCUACCAGCGCCAAUACCUCCAUUUUCAAAGCCUCCUCAGCCUACUCAACCUGCUCCUCCCAAACCACCCCAGCCUCCCAAACCACAACCUCCCAAACCACCUCAACCUCCCAAACCACAACCUCCCAAACCACCCCAGCCUCCCAAACCACAACCUCCCAAACCAGCAGAGAAACCGGCAGAGAUACCAGCAGAGAAACCAGCAGAAAAACCAUCAGAGGAACCGCAAGGCUCUGUGUCCCGGCAGGUCCAGGCACCUGUGGUCCCAACUUCAUCACCUGGUUGCCCGCCUGAGUUCAGAAAGUUUGGAGACAGCUGCUAUUACUUCUCCUCUGGUUCUCAGAGACUCAGCUUUGACGAGUCCCACCAGUUUUGUGCUAACAUGUCAUCUCAUAUGAUCAUUAUUAACGACAAUGAGGAACAGCAAUUUGUGAGAAAUGCAAUUGCAGGAAAAGGAUAUUUCUGGCUGGGCCUUACUGACAGGGAGGAGGAAAAUGUCUGGAAAUGGGUGGAUGGGACGUUACCUGUUUUCAAGAAGUGGAAGCCUGGCCAGCCUGAUAACUGGACCCAUGGCCACGAAGAAGGCGAGGACUGUGCUGGUCUUAUCCAUAAUGCCAACUGGAAUGAUUUCUACUGCACUGAUCGCAUCGGUUUCAUCUGUGAAUGCGCCUCUGACUUGGAAGUUCCAGUUUUAUAGCAUCCAUCUAAGACAGUGUGAGCUGUCUCUGGGAGAACGGUGAAGAGGCUGAAGUUUAGGUUGAAGAUGCAAGGAUAACGAAGGACUAGAGGAGGAGCUCUGGAUGUCUAGAGGACUCUGAUAAAGACAGCUCAAUCGAGCAUCACUGAGACUUGGACUGAUCUUUGUCUUAACGGCACUUUACAACACAAAUACAGUGCAAAAGACAGAGCAUGCACAGAUCCAGCCCACAAUUGUAUCGAUCUAGUAUUUGUACUGAAGGAAACACGAGAAUGUAGGCAUUUAUUUAGGCUAUACUAAGUCAUUAUUUGGUGCAGCCACUGUUGUACAGGUGUAUCUGUAAAUAAUAUUUAACCAAAGAUACAUUGUUGGUUAGGAUUUCAUAUGGUUUUGUUUCUUGGCUGCCUUCUCAAUCUUUACACAAAAAUCUAUAUCAGAGGAUUAUGUCGUUAAUAGAGUGGAACUAUUUUUAUAAUGUCAAGUACUUCACAGAUCCAGGGCUGUGAUUAGAAAUAAGCUCCCGGGAAAAUGAUGAGAACCCACUCACCAUCAGCAAAUGACUGCAUACUGAGAUAAUAAAUAGAAGUAAAGCUAGUGUAAAUUUCACCUUUCUACAAACUGAAGUGUCAUUUGUUUUGUUUUGUUUGUGAGAAUAGAUGCUCAGUGUGAGCAGUGCUGCUGUUUUAUGAAGGACAGUAUUUCUUAGAUUUUAGUCUGCCAGUAUGAGUUAUAUACAGUAUGAGGCACACAUUAACAAUAUGUACAUUUUUUUUGUAAUGUAGCCAUCAUAUGAUGAUUUAUUCAUUAUGCCAAAUACAAUAUGUGAAAUAUGUUACAUGUUUAUAAUUUGCAUAAUCAGUUGUUAUUGUUGUAUGAUUGACCUUUUCCAACUCAUAUAAUGCUCAAGAACUGAGUAGCAGUUUGUAAUCUGGCUCAAGGUUCAUUAAGCCUUAAUGGAAUUACCAAAUUCCUAUGGAUCACAAUAAAAUGGGAAAGAAACUGA